UUAAAAUUAUUGCCAAAAUGGUGAUUCUCCUAGUAAAGAGAGGCGAUGAAAACCAGUUCCUGUACGAAACCAACGUGAACUGUUCUGUGGAUGAUGUCGUGAAAGACGUGACGGCUAUUUACAACGGCAGAUUGAAGAUCACCAGGAUCUGUUACGAGAUGGAGGAGCUUGGGAAACAUGGGACGUUCCUGCCGCUUGAGAUGCAGGGGUUGACAGAGGAGCAGAUAAAGGAGCUAAAACUAGAAGACCCCUGGGCAAAGCGCUGUGCACCCAUGGGGUACGUGGAAUGUAAAGAUGAUAUGGGUAGGCGCUGCGGGCUUGCCCCACCGCCGAAUCUUCAGGAGGUGUUGAAGAAAGCGGCGGAGGCGGCGAAGGAGUUUGUUCAUAAGAAGUUGGUGGACCACCGUAAACCUUUAACCCAGAAGGACGUGACUCGCGCCCUGGACGAGCUCCUUGGAGCCACGAAGAUCGUGUUCCCCGCUGGUCUUCCACCUCACGAUCCAGUUCGCAUGGAGCUGGAGAACGUUGAAGAUCUAGCUGGAACGCAGGCUGCCAAUGAGGUCUUGGAUCCUGUGAAAGCUUGCUUAUGGGCGUGUGGGAAAAAGUUGCUCAGUGGAAAUCUCCUGAGUGACCAUUUGGGUAAGAACGACAAAACCAAAGUGACCGUCAAGCUGUGCUCGUCAUCUGAACACGCGCCCGGGCGAGAGCCAGUGCUGUCCGAAGAUGAACGCAAGCAGCUCAUGCUGCACGCCUACAGGAAACAGGAAGAAUGGAAGAAGUUGGAACUGGACGAUGAUGACCACUACCUGGACUCCAAGUGGGCUGACGGCCAGGGCCUGAAGAGGGCGUUCCAUGGCAUGAAUGAUAUCUCUUGGAAGCCUGUGGUUAGGAAGUAGCCUUCUGAUUCUAAGAUGUAGCUGGGAGUUUUCAGGAAAAAGUGUACCUUCGUAACGUAACGGAGUGUCAGAAAUCUGACACCCAAAAUGUGUAUGAAAAGCUCUGAACACUUUUGUUUUGUUUUAAUAAUCGAUGGUUCUCGUGAUUCUGAGUAGAAACAAAGUAAAACUUGAUGCGCACGAAAAAAGGAAAUGGUACACUUUAUUCUGGAAAUGCUUUUCUAGGGCACACAGGACUGUAUUCCUUGUCAACGCAAUUAUGUGAAUGUUUAUUGACUCUGAAUGUAGUUUUUGUUAUGAGUACUUUAAUUAGCAUUGUAUUAUUUAAUUUAAAUUGGAUAGUUUAGUUUUAGUACUCGGUAUUUCAUACUUUUCAAUGUAACCAGGACUGUAUGUUCUCACUUACUAAAUAUUAAUUCAAGUA